CUUCACCCCCCUCCUACAUUGAUUUAAAUUUUUAUAUUAUAUCCUCAAUCUUCCUCAAUUAUCUCCUCUCUCCCCCAUAUCCUAUCUCCUCAAUUUCAAAUAAACUCUCAAAAAUGGCCACAAACAUCACCUUCCACGCCAGCGCCCUCACACGCAGCGAGCGCAGUGAACUCCGCAACCAACGCGGCCUCACAAUCUGGCUAACCGGCCUCUCCGCCUCGGGCAAAUCCACCAUCGCCGUAGAACUCGAGCACCAGCUCCUCCGCGACCGGGGCGUGCACGCCUACCGCCUGGACGGCGACAACAUCCGCUUCGGCCUCAACAAGGACCUCGGCUUCAGCGAGAAGGACCGUAACGAGAACAUCCGCCGUAUCGCAGAGGUCGCGAAGCUGUUCGCUGACAGCGCCUCUAUCGCUAUCACCUCGUUUAUCUCGCCCUACCGCGCGGACCGGGAGACCGCGCGCCAGCUGCAUGAGGUUCCUACCCCCGGCGAGGAGACCGGGUUGCCUUUCGUUGAGGUCUACGUUGAUGUUCCCGUUGAGGUUGCGGAGCAGCGGGAUCCGAAGGGAUUGUAUAAGAAGGCUAGGGAGGGGGUGAUUAAGGAAUUUACUGGUAUCAGUGCGCCGUAUGAGGAGCCGCUUAAGCCGGAGGUGCAUAUUAAGAAUCAUGAGUUGCCGGUGAAGGAGGCUGUGAGGCAGAUUGUGGAAUAUUUGGAUUCGAAGGGGUAUUUGCCUCCUAAAGAGUAGAUCUGCUUUGGAUAUCCUUUGAUUUGUGGGUUGUUCUUGGGGGUAUUUACCGUUAGAUUGGUUUAUUGUUUCAUAGAAUUGUAUGGCUUUUUGGGGGGUCUCCUAUUGAUGGAA